AUGCAGAACGCCACUUCAGGCCCCCCGGACGGCAACUACUGCUCCGAAUCGGGCUGCAACCAGACUAAAAGGUCUGUGUACUACGAGCUCCCCGAUGACAUCUUCUCCCUGCCCGUACUCACGGGAGUGACGGUGGUCUGCAUUUUCCUCUUUAUUGUCGGCGUCCUGGGGAACGUGUUGACCAUCCUACUCGUGGCCAAGUACAAGGAGAUGAAGACCACCACGAACCUCUACCUGUCCAGCAUGGCGCUGUCGGACAUUGUCAUCUUCAUGUGCAUGCCCCUCGACCUGUACAAGAUCUGGAAGUACAAGCCGUGGAGUUUCGGGGAGCUUAUCUGCAAGCUGUCGCAGUUUGUCAGCGAGGGCUGCACCUACGCCACCAUCCUGCACAUCACAGCGUUGAGCAUGGAGCGGUACGUGGCUGUGUGCUUCCCCCUCAAGGCCAAGGUGUUUGGGACCAAGUCUCGGAUCAAGGCGAUUAUCGUGGGCUUGUGGAUGGCUGCCUUGACCAGCGCUGGGCCUGUCUUCUUGCUGGUCGGAGUAGAGUUUCAGAACGGCACCGAUCCGUCCAAGACGAGCGAGUGCAAGUGUACAGAGUACGCCGUGAGUUCAGGCCUUCUGAACGCCAUGACUUGGGUUUCCAGCUUUUACUUUUUCGUCCCGGUCUGCUGCCUCACUAUCCUGUACGGACUGAUAGGGAGGAAACUGUGGAGGAGGAGGAGGAGGAAUCAUAGGGACAGGAGCAACAGGCAGACCAUCAAAAUGCUGGCGGCCAUCGUCCUCGGCUUCGUCCUGUGUUGGCUGCCGUUCCACAUCGGCCGCAACCUCUCCUCUAUGUCGGCGGGCACCCCCCAGAUGUACGUCGUGAGCCAGUACUUUCACAUCAUCUCCUUCGUGCUCUUCUACCUGAGCGCGGCCAUCAACCCCAUCCUCUACAACAUCAUGUCGGGCCGGUACAGGGCUGCUAUGUGCAAGAUGCUGAGCGGGAACCGGAGUCAUCGACGGGAGAACGCAGUAGGAGCUGCCACGUACUGGUGCACGGACUCGGAAGCUCAAGUGUAAGAGGGAAAUGUACUCGCUGCUCAAGUAAAUCAAUAAACAUCGACCUGGAUGAGUGUGUCUGUCUGUCUACCUGCCUGCGUCUUAUGUUCAUCCGUAGCUCUCACCGCUGGAGAGGGGUGGGGGAAUUC